AUGAAAAAGUAUUACCAUCACAUCAGUUUUGGGUUCCGCUCACUUCACUCCACUGUGCAGCAGGUGCACCUUGUUAUGGCAGAAACUAUUGCCGUUUCUACUGAGCGAAAACAGUAUUGUUCGGGUGUCUUCCUAGACGAGGCUUUCGACCGGAUUGAAAAGGUGAAAGCGGUGAUCGAGUAUCAAAGCGACGUCGCGAUACAAGAAGGUUCGCUAAUUCACGACAAGAAAGAGAGGAUACUUUUUUUAGCCGAUGCAUCGACCGACGAAGAUGAAGAAGCACAACGUGCAGGAACUAACAGAAGAGUUAUAUAUCAUCAAGCAGCAAACGUAGAAGAUUCUCCCAACAUUUUAGAAGGAAUUUAUCCACGUCUUGAAGUCGAUCGUUAUAGGCCAAGUAGAGCUGAACGUAGCCCAAUACUAGCCGCAAUACUGGAGCAUCAGCGGUCCUCUACAGUGCAAGAAGAAAACACCGAACAAGCAGCUAGUUUAAGCACCGAAAUUGAAACCCCUGAAAGGAACGAAGAAAGCAUUGAUAUGCCGAACACUGACAAUCGACUGAGUUUAAGCACCGAAAUUGAAAGCCCUGAAAGGAACGAAGAAAGCACUGAUAUGCCGAACACUGACAAUCGACUGAGUUUAAGCACCGAAAUUGAAACCCCUGAAAGGAACGAAGAUAACACUGAAAUGGCGAACAUUGAUAAUCGACUGAGAUCCGGAAAUAUUAAUGACACGGAAGAGCCCAGUUCUGAGAUUAGUAUCACUAAUCUCAGAAACAGAAGCAACAACCUUUACAACCUGGAGAUCGGAAAUGGCGAAUCUCAUGGAUCUUAGGGUUUAUUUAAAAACAAACUUGAAUUGUCCCAUGGUGUAGGAGAUAAGUGAAAGAUAAAGAGUAACUUUCUUUCCCGCUCCGUCCUUCCUUGAUAAAGGAAUCGAGAACGUUUCUCCGGAGAUGCCAGUCACAGUUUCUGACACCUAUCCCUACCAAUAAACUACAAAGUCUUGUUCAAUAGUUUUGCCGUUUUCAGAUGCAGAGCUAGCAGGAUGGUCUCGAGGAUUGCAACAGGUUGCAAAAUUUCCUUCUUUGUGAAGUUAAUUUUUUUUGUAGAUAUAGAACUACGUUAACAAUACGGUAAUAAAUGUUACAAUAGAACAGAAAAAUGGCAUGUUUUCUGUUUAUCCUCAAAUCGCUAUUGUCUGAACCAUACAUUUCCAUGUUAUAAGGAUUUACCUAUUUGUAAAUGUACACUUCAUUAAUAUACUUUUUUGUGUAGUAGAAGACUCGUAUUAACAAACUUUAAAAUUUUUAAACAUUUUAGAACGUAUAUUGCUUAAAGAAAAUGAGCGUCAUAGGACGAUGUACAAAUCACCCCCAAGAUCUGUUCAUUUGCAAUGUCGAAAGUAAUUUUAUAUAUUGAAUCAUCUUGGAGAGAUUAUUUAAAGACGUGCCUAUUAGGACACUCAAGUGCCUAAGUAAAACCAAAGCUUGUGAAAGAAGUGUAUACCGUCGGGUACAUCAGUACCACUGUGCCUUAUGUUGAAUAAACAUUACUGAGUGAGGUCAGCAAAACCCAGCGAAGACACCUUCACCCCCAAAGAAAAGUUUGCUGUACUUACUGAACCGAGCAACUGUUCCUCGAGGCCGUACGUCGAGUAUAACGCAAAUGGAUAUAUAAUUCUGCAUAAAUCUGUAAGAUGAAAAUCAAACCGCCGAAAUAAUGGCAAGCUGUGGACACCUACGCGUCUAAGAAGUACGUCUGUUCAAAAUAUCAGUGUAGGCAGUACCAUUGAGUGCCAAAUGCUACAGAUAUCUUUAUCCAUACACGAACUAUCUGACAAGCAGCCGACUGUUCCACUACAAACGUCUUUGCAUAUUCCUUGUAUCCACAGUAAUAUAUUGAUAUAUUAAUUUUAACAGACGUAAAUAAAGGCAUCGUUAUAUCAUAUUGUAUUUUUUCUCUCAUCUAACUCUUAAAUGAAAAACAGGUUCUUACGGAAGUUAAGAUCUUAGCCCCUUAAAAAAUUUUUGCAAACCAGGUGAAGAUCUAUAUUUCCAUUACAACAGGAUGUUGUAAAGAACUU